UGGCGCCUUCGUCUCCUACACCCGAACACGAGACCCAGCUCAACGCCGUACGUCGCGCCAUGGGCACGCUCGUCGGCCACGUCGCGCCGGGCGUGGGCUUCCUCGUCGUCGGCCUGUGGCAUCUCUACAACCACAUCAGGCUCUUCCUGCUGCGCCCCGGAUCCUACGUCGCGCCCGUUUGGUUCCCCGUGCGCGGCGCGCGGCACCUGGAGCUCAUCCUCGUCGCCGCUGGCGCCGCCGCGUCCAUCCUCAUGGAGCUCGUCGUCGGCCCGGCGAGGCACCACCCGUUCGACCGCGACGGCACGGUGCCCUCCGACCACCUCCACAACUUCGAGCACGCGUCCAUCUCGCUCGCGCUGCUCGUGUACGCCGCGGCCGCCAUCCUCCUCGACCGCGCCGGCGCGCCGUGCCGGGACGCGGUGUCCCAGCUCGCCGCCGCCGCGGCGUUCGCGCAGGAGCUGACGCUGUUCCACCUCCACUCGGCGGACCAUGCGGGCGUGGAGGGCCAUUACCACCUGCUCUUGCAGGGCGUCGCCGCCGUCACGCUGGCCGCGACGGCGCUCGGCGUCGCCGCGCCACGGAGCCUCGCGGUGAGCCUCGUGCGGUCGGCGAGCCUGGUGCUCCAGGGCGUCUGGUUCGUGGCCAUGGGCGUCGCGCUGUGGACGCCGGCGCUCCUGCCGAGAGGGUGCUUCCUGAACCACGAGGACGGGCACGACGUCGCGCGGUGCCGCGAGGAGGGCGGCGCGCUGGCACGCGCCAAGGCGCUCGUCAACCUGCAGUUCAGCUGGUACCUGUCCGCCACCGUAGUACUCGUGGUCGUGCUCUACCUUCGGAUGUGCAGCCUCUACAAGGAGGAGCCGGAGUACGUGCCGUUGGUCAAGGAAAAUGGCCAUGGUGACGACGACGACAACGACGACGUGGAGGCGGCGAAAGGCGGCUCCGGGAGCGUGUUCUGUGAAUCAAGGCCAAUGGAGAUAUCACGGCCGUAGGCUAGGAGAAAAUGGAUUUCCAGCGUGGGGACGUUCGUGUAAAAUGUAGCUUUGUGAGUUUGCAAAUACCUAGAGGUGAAUCGCCGCUUUGACUAGGGUAUAGUUCGUACUUGUGGUAACUGAUUUUGUUGGUACUUCUGAUUGGUUAUGGACUUAUGGUUGUAUACAUGUUUGAUCAGGCCGGAUUAACAUGUUGUGAUUGGAGAGUUUGUACUUAAAGAAAAAGGAGUGGUCACCAUUGCUAUGUUAUUGCAUUAUUUAGUUGCUAA